AUGACCAACACAAUUGAACUUCUCAAGGCACGUUGCCUCAUGUAUACAGUGAAGUUGAGUGAAGUCAUUGCCUCCAGUUGUGCCCACAGUAAUCAUGAACCGAGGAAAACAUUGGAAUCAUCACAUUCGCGAUUUAUCCGGAGUUUCGAGGAACGUUAUGACGACACGGAAAUAUAUGAUAGAGUGAAUGCCUGGGAGGAAGGGGACGAGGAGAACGUUUGGGAAUUGAGUGGAUUAAUCGAGGGAGAUAUUAUGAUUAAUCCGGAUGAUCAUCAGGAUGCUAAGGGACUCCUCGAUACUUCGAAACGAUGGUCCAAUGGGAUUGUGCCUUUCAAGAUGAAGGACGGCCACUUCAAUGAGGCUGAGACUUCAGUAAUACUCCGAGCAAUGGAGGAAUACCACCAAAGAACAUGUCUACAAUUUCGUCCCUAUAACAAGAGCAUUGACAAGGACUACAUAUCGUUUCAAUCAAGCAAAGCAGGAUGUUGGUCGUCAGUGGGGAGACAGGACGCUGGCCAAGCGAUAAACCUUCAGCGCCCCAAAUGUGUCAAACAUGGAUCCAUUGUCCAUGAGAUCAUGCAUGCCAUUGGCUUUCAUCAUCAGCACAGCAGUUACGAUCGCGAUAACUACAUUGAAGUUGUUUGGGAGAAUAUCAAAACAGGGAAGGAGAAAAAUUUCAAAAAGUAUGAGGAAGACACUGUGACUGACUUUGGUGUUGGCUACGACUACAAAAGCAUCAUGCAUUACAGUCGUAAAGUAUUCUCAGCUAAUGGACAACCUACGAUUAUUCCGUUGGAAAGAGGAGUAAAAAUUGGUCAACGUGAGAAGCUCAGUGACAAAGAUGUUUCUAAAAUACAAGAAAUGUAUAAAGAAGAAUGCGCUAAUAGAUACAACGAAACAUAAAAAUUGAUCCAAAUGAAAGAAAACUAGAAAACGCUUGUAUAAAACACGAAUAAAUGCCACAAAGAUUUCCUUAGAA